AUGGCACUCAAGAUUGAGUAUCCGUCCAAGUCCAUCUCUAUUUGGAGCGCGGUGUACGUUCCCUUCAUUGCUUCUAUAUCCGCUUUCCAGUUGACGCGUGUGAGUCAUCAGAUGAUGGAGGAGGAUCUGGUGCGGGCCAGGAGCAUGGUGUAUGAGGGCGAUAUAGCGGCGCUGCUGCCACACAAGGCCAACGGUGAGCCAAUGAUCCGCAUCCCCACUCCAUCCCCACUCCAUCCCCACUCCAUCCCCACUCCAUCCCCACUCCAUCCCCACUCCAUCCCCACUCCAUCCCCACUCCAUCCCCACUCCAUCCCCACUCCAUCCCCACUCUAUCCCCACUCCAUCCCCACUCCAUCCCCACUCCAUCCCCACUCCAUCCCCACUCCAUCCCCACUCCAUCCCCACUCCAUCCCCACUCCAUCCCCACUCCAUCCCCACUCCAUCCCCACUCCAUCCCCACUCCAUCCCCACUCCAUCCCCACUCCAUCCCCACUCCAUCCCCACUCCAUCCCCACUCCAUCCCCACUCCAUCCCCACUCCAUCCCCACUCCAUCCCCAUGCCCAUCCCCAUGCCCAUCCCCAUGCCCAUCCCCAUGCCCAUCCCCAUGCCCAUCCCCAUGCCCAUCCCCAUGCCCAUCCCCAUGCCCAUCCCCAUGCUCAUCGUACUCGUCCCCGUGCCCAUGUUCAUCCCAACCCCCAUCCCCAUCCCCAUCCUCAUCCCCAUGCUCAACCCCAUCCUAUCCCCAUCCCCAUCCCCAUGCCCAUGCCCAUCCUCUCUACCCCCCUCCAGGCUUCUUCCUGUGGUUGUUCCUGGGCCAUGUGAAUGUGCGGUCAUCUCGCAGGGAUGUGAGGUUCAAGGUCAAGGAGGAGUACAACAGCUACCGGGAUCGCACGGCUCUCAUCUUUCUGGGUGCGCCGCCGCUGCUGCUGGCAGCGAAGCAGGCCAUGAACCAGCACUGCUUGCCAGGGCUCGUGGUGCAUGUAUACCAGGCGUGGCUGCUGCUGUUCUACACGAGCCUGGCCCUUCGGGAAAACAUUCUUCGCAUCAAUGGCAGUGACAUCCGCCCCUGCCUCACGUCACGUGCUCUUGAUUGGAUCUACAACCAACCAGGAAAUUUAGCAACAUGGCAACCUCUCCCAAUUGGCGUUUAUAAACACGGAGAUUCUCGAAAGGCGACAGAGCCCACCUAA